AUGUCAACACCUACAAUAUUCUUAUUUGUGACAAGUUCGGGCCGUGCAAAGGAUGCGCCUGAACUGGUCCGUGAAACAGUAGCUGCCGGUUGGAAAACAUAUACAAUCUUGACACUAAACGUGAGCUCUGUGUUACCUCCCGAUGAAAUUUAUGGUGUGCCGGGUAGCCAUGCUAUACGUGGCUACAAGGAUCCACCACUCAAUAGAUUUCCAUUCGGCACGAUGCUGGUUGCACCUUGCACAUUCAAUACAUUUAAUAAGCUGGCACUUGGCUUAGCGGAUAAUCUUGCAACAUCAAUGAUCGCGGAUGCACUAGGUGCUAGGUGUCCAAUAUUUAUCGCACCGUCAAUGAAUCAUGGUCUAUGGAAUCAUCCACAGACUCGAAUAUCAGAAGCGAAAUUAAAGGAAUGGGGUUGUACUAUAAUUCCACCGUAUAUUGAUGAAAAGGUUGUUACCAUGGCAUCAAUUACAGAUAUUUUACAGGUGUUGCAUCAACAUUUCAAAUAA